CUGUCCGCAGUCUCUGGUCAUCCCUGUGCUGUCCGCAGUCUCUGGUCAUCCCUGUGCUGUCCGCAGUCUCUGGUCAUCCCUGUGCUGUCCGCAGUCUCUGGUCAUCCCUGUGCUGUCCGCAGUCUCUGGUCAUCCCUGUGCUGUCCGCAGUCUCUGUCUCUGGUCAUCCCUGUACUGUGUCCGCAGUCUCUGGUCAUCCCUGUACUGUGUCCGCAGUCUCUGGUCAUCCCUGUACUGUGUCCGCAGUCUCUGGUCAUCCCUGUACUGUGUCCGCAGUCUCUGGUCAUCCCUGUACUGUGUCCGCAGUCUCUGGUCAUCUCCUGUACUGUGUCCGCAGUCUCUGGUCAUCUCCUGUACUGUGUCCGCAGUCUCUGGUCAUCCCUGUACUGUGUCCGCAGUCUCUGGUCAUCCCUGUACUGUGUCCGCAGUCUCUGGUCAUCCCUGUACUGUGUCCGCAGUCUCUGGUCAUCCCUGUACUGUGUCCGCAGUCUCUGGUCAUCCCUGUACUGUGUCCGCAGUCUCUGGUCAUCCCUGUACUGUGUCCGCAGUCUCUGGUCAUCCCUGUACUGUGUCCGCAGUCUCUGGUCAUCCCUG